CAGAAAAAAGAUUCGCAGGGAAUUUAAACCAGACUCAUGACCAGAGUAGUGUUUACCCUAUCUAUAUUAACUUCACAACCUUCUUAUUUUCUCUUACGCUCCGUUUGUCAACGAGGGGGUGCAAAUUAUAGGAGGGUGCAAAUUAAGGUGCAAAUUGUUGUUUGGGUGAAAAAGUAGGAGGGUGCAAAAUGAGGUGUAAAAUAACAAUUUUAAUAUAAUAAUUAUUAUUAUAAUAGAAAAAUAAAAACCAAAACUAAAAGAACCCUACCACCUCUCUCUAAUCUUUCCCUCCCUCGGUCCCACCUUCCUCUUCAUUCCACACAUCCCACGCCUACCCCACCUUCCACCCUUCCUUCUUCUUUUCUUGCACCCCAUUUUGGGGUGAAGGAAAAUAGUAAAAUUACCCCUCCAAUGCACCCCCAGCUACUAUUGCUAAAGAUCCAAAUAUGUGCAUUUGCAUUGGGAUCCUUCAUUACCCCUCAAAAUAUGCACCCUCCUCCACUUCCCCCUUCUCCCAAACAGAGUGUUAGAAACACAACUAUUUUCUAGAGAGAGAAGGGUUCUUCUGUGUUUCUUGUAAUGGAAAAGAACACAUCCUCUGUACAAGAAGAAGCUCCAACGCAUGGCCUCCAUUGCAAAACGUGGGUGCUGAGAGUCUCCAUCCACUGCCAAGGUUGCAAGAGGAAAGUCAGCAAAAUCCUCUUAGCCAUCCACGGUGUUUACACGGUAGCUGUAGAUAUGAAGAAACAGAGAGUCACUGUGACUGGAAACGUUGAAGCAGAGACAUUGAUCAGGAAACGCUCAAACAAAGGGAAAAUGGCUUCGAUUUGUAACAACGAACCCAAGAAUCGUAAAUCAAACCACGAAGGGAAUCAAGAAGAAGAGAACAACAGUCAGAAGAAGAAGAACAAGAAGAAGCAGAAACAGAGUGAAAACAGGGGAGCCCAUGAAGAAGAAGCAUCAAAGGCAAUGGCAACCAUUCCAGACGAAAACUCGUUGUCACAAAAACAAACCGUCGUUAAAUACACCCCGGGUAACCUCUCCAGCGGCGAAAAGAAGCGGAGAGAGGGUCAAAAUAAAGCAGAGAAGGAGGGGGAUCAAGUUAAUGUCGAUCCUAACUCUGCUAGUAGUAGCUCUGUUCCUCCGUUUUCUUCUGGUUACAAUAGGUAUCAACAAAUGACGACGAAUCAGGUUAUUCCGUCGCCAUAUCCGUAUCCGCCACAGCAGUAUUUCUACUUCCCUGCUGCUGUGAAUGCCGCUCCGAAUCCUUUCUAUCUCUACGCUCAGCAGCAAGCGAAUCCAUUUGGGUAUCAGAGCCAGCUGCCUCCGCCGCCGCCGUCCAUGGGGAUGGACUCUUCUCUGCAGAUUUUUAGUGACGAGAAUGUCAAUGGAUGCUCUGUUAUGUAAUGUAGUUCUGUAAUCCGUGGCCAAUUAGGAUUUUGGGGGUGGGUGGAGGAGAUGUAACUCUUCAGGGUUUAGAUGUGUUAGCUUUUGAGAUUUUGUGGGUGCGUUCUUGGUCAAGAUGGCAAACUUUUGUGCUACUAUGAUGGUCAAAAUUGCAAACCCAAUUUGCCCAAUUGCAACUUGUUUGAUGAUUUUGAGUUUUCAAUGUUGUUUAUGGUUCAUUGGUUCAAGAUUGCCCAUGACUUCACUGGAGAAGAGAUAUAGUAAGGCUUUAUAGUAAAUAACAUAUUUUAAUGCUAUGGGCUCACCGUCUCGCAAACAUCACAAUCGUCCAAUUUAUAAUCAGAUUGAUCUUUACGAAUAAGGAUGCACUAUAAGU